GCCAAGAAACACCAGAUCUUUCUAACAGAGACGUAUGAAAACAACAUGAGAGAGCUGGAGUUACUCUUGGACAGCUUUGCUAUGUCAGGCCAGCGGACAGCAGGCACUUGUGAGGACAAAGAUAAACCUCCCAGCCCCUCUGUCCUUGAGACUUUGAGGUGUACCUUGACAGCUUACCAGAACAAGCUGGAAGAUACAUCUAAUGAGCUUGGGAAAAUGAAAGCAUUCUGUGAAAAGAUGACAAAAGAAUUGGAGAUAUCCAAAGAGAAAAUGUGUGCUUUAAGUCAAGACCUUAAGGAAGCUCAGGAUAACCUAGCUGAUGUCAAUAAAGAGUUAAAUCAUCUGCACACUAAGUGUGCAGACAGAGAGACUUUAAUAGGAACUUUAGAAAUGGAACUACAGAGUGUACAGCAAUGCUGGGAGAAGGAGAAAGUACGUGCCACAGAAUCUGAAAAUGAAAUCCAGCAGCUUACCAGGGCUUACCAGAAGGAUAUGGAGGAGAAGCUAACCUUCCUCCAUAGCUUAUACCAGCGUUUGGUAGCAGGCUGUGUGCUUAUAAAACAACCAGAAGGCAUCCUAGAUAGAUUCUCUUGGUCUGAGCUUUGUGCAGUCUUGCAGGAGAAUGUUGAUGCCCUGAUCUUAGACCUCAACAGGGCUAAUGAGAAGAUAUCUCACCUAGAAUAUCUUUGUAAGAACAAGUCCAAUACUAUGAAGGAGCUUCAGCAGAGCCAGGAAGAUGCUUUUAGCAAAAUGGCUGAACAGAUGAAAGCACGGGAAAGCUGUUGGCAGAAACAAAAAAAGUAUCUGGAACAGCAGUACUCAGGUCUCCUUGGGGAAGUUCAUGCAAGGGCACAGGAAUACCAAGAAACAGCAGAGAAAAACAAGGAGAAAAUUUAUGUCCUUGAAAAAAGGCGAGAGAAAUUGGUCCUUGAAAAUGUUUCUGUAAAAAAUAUGUUAAUGCAGGUUCAGAAGGAGCAUUCAUCUCUCCUGGCAGCCUGUGCACUAUUGGCAGGUGCCCUGUAUCCUCUCUAUGGCCGAUCGUGUACUAUGUCUUCCCAAAGACACCUUCUCCAGGAUCAGGUCAACACUUACGAGUUAGUGAAACAGGAGAUUAGGACCCUAGUUCAUGCUCUCUCUGAUGUAGAGGAAGACAGUCAAGAUGAAACAAAACUGAAGAAAAGAAGAUUCAAAGGCCUAAUUCGUGUGUUCCGAAGAGGUGUGAUUGCAGUUUUGGCAGCUAACAGACUUAAAGUUUUAGCCCAGUCUUCUAGUACCCUUUUCUCCUGGGUAAAUGGCUUCAAAGGUGGCACUGGAAUUCUAGUUUGUGUAGGAGAAUCCAAAGGCAAGCGUAAUCUGUCAAGUCACGAAGAGGAACAAAUUCCCUGUGUUGAAGCACUCAGCUGGUUUAGUAGUUCUAACCUCCUUGCUGCAAUAAUCAGUUCUGUCACUGAAUUACAGGAUGUUGUUAACAAAACAGAUCCAAAGCCCUGGCUUUCUGGACGCUCACUUGUAAGUGCAGCCAGGAACUCCUUUUCAAAACUUAUGGACAAGCUGAAUGUAAUAAUGGAGACUGGUCCACUAGACAGCAGCAGGAGCAUUGCUUAUCUGGAGAAGGACUCCUUGGUCCAGAGGCUGGCUCAUGGACUUCUUAAAAUGAAUACCCAGGCCCCAGAAGCUGGAUUGUGUGGCAGACCACCCAUUAUGAAAAACAUAGCAUCCUUGCAGAAGCAUAUAUUUGAAUUUACACAAAGACUUCAUGCAGCAGAGGUGGAACGCCGCUCACUGCGCCUAAAACUUGCAGAAUUCAAAUGGAAUUUCAGUGAGAUGAAAAAAGAAGCUGACAAAGCCCAGACCCUGCAAGAGCAAUUAAAUAUGUUUAAGCAAUCUAAAUUGAUCACUCAUGAGAGGUUUGAAAGUGCAUGUGAAGAAUUAAAUAAUGCAUUACAUCGGGAGCAUCAGGCACAACUGCUUUUGAAUGAACAGGCGCAACAGCUACAGGAGUUAAAUAAUAAACUAGAGUUGCACUCCAGUGAAGAAGCAGAUAAAAACCAAGUCUUAAGUGAAACUGUAAAG